CUUGCUAUCCAUACAAUGGCAUCUCCAAACUUGCUUUGAUUCCUCCUUCAAGCCUACUGCUAGCCUUCUACAACGACGGAAUUCAGUCCCCGAACAAAGAUGCACCUCAACACGUACCUUGUGGCUACCUUUGUGGCUGCCAGCACGGCUCUGGCACACAUGGAAAUGGUCCGCCCUUUCGCCAUGAAGAGUCAGUACGAUCCCAACAACGACUGGUCCAACAUUGACUAUGAUAAUACCUCCCCACUCGAGCCCAAUGGAUCGAACUUCCCUUGCAGAGGCCACCACAAGGACACACCCUGGCGCACCGUCGCCAACUACACUGCCGGUCAAAGCGAUCACAUGGGGCUGGCCCCUGGCAAUAAUCAUCGUGGUGGUUCAUGCCAGAUCUCGCUCAGUUACGAUAACGGCGAGACAUUCCGGGUCAUCCAAUCUUACAUGGGAGGAUGCCCGCUUAAGCUUGAGUGGGAUUUUGAGAUACCCUCCUUUGCACCAAGCGGCAAAGCGCUAUUUGGAUGGAGCUGGUUCAAUAUAGAGGGGAAUCGGGAGAUGUACAUGAACUGCGCGCAGGUCGAGAUUCAGGGCAGCUCUGCUUCUAGUACGAGUGCAUUUGACCAGCUGCCCGAGAUCUUCACUGCGAAUAUAGGAAAUGGAUGCUCGACUGUGGAGGGCAAAGAUACCGUCUUUGCUCACCCUGGCGACAAAGUUGGAUAUGCUGGAAAGGUGAAACCAGGUGACGCUCCGUUCCCCAAAUGUGGUGGAAAUGUGGAAUAA